AUAAUAAAUAAUAGAAAAUUUAUACUUGUAAGAAAGAGCCAUCUGGCGAGGCAAAUAUUAAUAUUUUACAAUAUGUAAUAAAAAAUAUAAAGUAAUCGAGAGAUGAGAUAUUUGUAUGGUAUUUAUUGUUACCAACGUAAACAAUAAAUUGCCAAAGUAAAACAUAUGAAAAAUGUCUAAAUAGUGCUUACACCUUACAGACGGAACUAUUUCAUUGUGUGUUAGGUGAAUUUGAUUGUAUAUUAUGUUGAAAAUAAACCUAAUAAAAUGAGCAGAAAAUAAAACAGCUAAUGUGGCUGCAAGCAGUAGCAGAUUCAUAUCCAUUUGGACCUGUGACACAUUGUGCUAAAAAUAAAAUUUGGGUACUGGCCAGUUUCUUUGUCAUGAAUAGUUUACAAACAGAUGACCAUUGUCAAAUUUAUGACCCAAAUGGACAAAUUCCCCUAGAAACUGAGUCAUCACUACGAUUACCUCUAGACAGUUCAAUGAGAAUAAUUUUCACUGGCCAUUACAAUGGGUUUGGAGUUGAAGUAAGGGGUAUAGAGGAAAUGUCAAUGUUGUACCAUAUGGGUUGUUUUGGCAAGGGAUCUAAAUCUCGAUCAAAGCCAAAACCAAUCAAAAAUGAUAGUAGUCCUUCUAUUAUUAGGAAAAGGCAGUAUUUGAAAAGAAUUUAUUGGUAUAAAAAGUUUGAUUCCAUUAAUAAAUAUCCAGAAACUGAUAGUUAUUUUAAACAUGUUGAAGAUUUAAGGAAAAAGAUAAAGAAAGAUUCUCAACAUCUCAAAAAGAAUGUUAUAGAUUUGGUGUCCAGUGAAGAUGAGGUUUGUGAAGAUAACCAAUAUAAUGCAUUAGGCCCUCAAUGUGAUUUCAGCAACAAACAAGAUAUUGUAGUUAUUGUUCCUAAUAGUGACUCUGAGGAUGAUGAUUAUUUUGCUAACAUGAAGCCUAAAUGUUGUAUUAACAAAAUUAAACUAGAGGAAAAGUUAGUACUCACUAAACAAGAAGCUUUCUUUCUUGUGUAUGGCUUGGGCUGCUUACAAGUAUUCAAUGAAAAUAAAUUACUAACUGUUAAAGACUGCUGGAAUCUCUUUCUUGAGGGUGAUACUAACUUUAUUUCCAAGUACAUUGUGUAUCAUUAUUAUAGAUCUAAAGGUUAUAUUGUCAAGCCUGGCAUAAAAUUUGGAGGUGAUUUUUUAAUCUAUAAAGAAGGUCCAGGAAUCAAUCAUUCAGACUACAUUGUAGUUAUAAAACAUAACCAUGUGGAUUAUAAUAGCUGGCUGACUAUUUUAGGGCAUGUCAGAAUGUCUGCUACUACUGUUAAGGAAAUUCUGAUCAUAGAAGUGAUUGAACCAAAAACAGAAAAUCUUAACCUACCUAAAGAGUUAAAUGCAUAUACUGUUAAGGAAUUAAUUCUAUCACGAAAUCUUCCCGUAACAAUAAAUGAUGACAGAGACUAAUAAAUUUUAUUUUUCUUA